AUGACACAUUUCUCUCGUCCAAGCUAUUAUCGAGCGGACUCGGCGACGAGCAUCGAUGCAACGCCUCGGGCUGGUUCCCCAGAAUCGGCGACUGCGAGCGGUGGAUCUCAACAGGAGAAGGCCAUCAAUCCUUUUCUCACCCCGUAUGCCUCUGGAGACCCCUCAAGGGCGGCAUCAUCGGCAGCUCUCCCUCAAUCCACGCUGAAUCAGAGAUACUUCCACUCUCGGAGAGUAAAGAAGGGAGAGGUGGAGCGGCCGUGGACAAAGGUCAAAGAUCCUCGGGAGAAGUGGGUGACAAUCAUCCCUCUAAUUGGACUUGCGAUCGGCUUGGGUCUUGCGGGCCUUCUCAUCUGGGAUGGUCUCCAAACCGUGGUCAAUCACAAGUAUUGUCCAGUGUAUGUGGAAGACUUCUCGAAUGGAUUUGACUCCAAAAUUUGGACUAAAGAAGCUGAGGUUGGGGGCUUCGGCAAUGGCCAGUUCGAGGAGACCACCGUCACAGAGGAGAAUGUGUAUGUGAAAGACGGGAUGCUCUACAUCAAGCCGACGCUGCAGGAUCCCAGAUUGAUCGAGACCAAUAACGUGAUUGAUCUGCGGGUUGGUGGUAUAUGCACCUCGCCAGUCUGGAGCAAUUGCAUCACAGGCACAAAUACCACCAAUGGCACUAUCGUCAACCCCGUCAAGUCUGGGCGGAUCAACACCAAGAAAGGCGCAGCAAUCAGAUAUGGUCGAGUUGAGGUCGAAGCCAAGCUGCCCCAAGGCGACUGGUUAUGGCCCGCAAUAUGGUUGCUCCCUGUCGACGACACGUAUGGUUUGUGGCCGCAAUCCGGAGAGAUCGAUAUCGUCGAGUCUCGGGGCAACAACCACACUUAUCCGCAAGGAGGCAACAACAUCGUUUCGAGCUCUCUGCAUUGGGGCCCAGACGCUGCCAAUGAUGCAUGGUGGCGGACUAAUGUCAAGAGGAACGCCUUGCACACGACCUUCGCGAAAAAGUUCCACACAUUCGGACUCGAAUGGUCUGAAAAAUAUAUCUUCACCUACAUCGACACGCGUCUGCUGCAAGUACUGUACACCAACUUCGACAAGCCACUUUGGGGCCGUGGCCACUUCCCCCAGGCUGACGAAAACGGUACUCGCAUUGUGGAUCCGUGGUCCAAAUACAAUCGUGCAUCGACACCAUUCGACCAAGACUUUUAUCUCAUUCUAAACGUCGCCGUAGGCGGUACGAACGGGUGGUUCGAAGACGGUAGAAACGGCAAACCCUGGGUCGACGCUGGUCAGACUGCGAAGAGGGAUUUCUGGAAUGCGCGCAACGCGUGGUAUCCAACUUGGAAGAACGGCGGUGAAAUGACUGUCAAGAGUGUGAAAAUGUGGCAGCAGCAGGGAUAUAAUGGUUGUCAGUGA